AUGUCGUCCAAGACUGAGUCCGUUCCUGCCGCCAAGACCGAGCGCGACGGUAAUAGUGAAAACUUCGCUUUCAACCCAAUGCUGUACAACUUUCGAGUGGCACCGCCGCCCGGACACAACAAAACGUUUUCACUCCAACAGCCGUUGGCCACACUGUUCGACAACCUGAUCACAGUUCUGUGGUCGGUGUACGGCAAGAAAUCUAAAAUCAAAAUCGGCGUCAAUCAAUUACAAUGGGCGUUGGAGUUCUUGAGAUGCAUGAAAGUGGACUACGGUUACCCGGAAAGCAUAGAGAAAAUCGUCGGCGAGCUGGAAGAACAGCUGAUAUCGCUUUACGCCAAGGUCGGCGAAAAAAUGCAGGAAAACAAACGAAAAAAAGACUUAGAGGAAAUAGAAAAAGAAAAAGAAAAGGACGAGAAAAACUUAAAAAGUUCUGAUGUUGAAAAACCCGUGCUGGAUACAUUUACAUCGUUUAACGAAGAGGAUAUCAUGGGAAAGCUAGGCGUGACCAAGUUGCAGUUAGAUCCAGUCUCCGGCGAAGCGAAAUACUUAAAAGAGUUAAACUCGUUGGGCAAGAGGAAACAAAAACCAACAGACCCGUGCGCCAAAGAUAAAAAACAAACGAAAAAUUACAUGAUUGGUGCCUUACAAAAGAUUCUGAGCAAAACAACAGAACCAGACACUAAAAACGGAGUCGAAGAAUUAAUAAAAGGUCUCAAAGUGGAAACCCCGGCCCCCAAAAAGACAUAACAAAUACGAAUUUGAGGCGGCACCACCACAUCGCAUAAUAUAAUUUAGUAUUGUGUGCUUCUUCG